UACCCAGUUGUUGUGUGUCCGGACGAUCAAUUUAGAAAGUCAUUUGGAAAAAUUUACAAGUGAACUUUCAUCAAUUUUUAUUACAAAAUGUUAGGAAAUAUUAUAGAGAACAAAAUAGAAGAUGAUUACGACUAUCGAAUUCAUAUUUUUAGUGCAAUCCAAAGACAAAAAAGAAGGCCUCAAAAAUAUAAACUGUCCGGACACCCGACCCCCCAUCCUACUGAGGCCAUGGUUACGAAAAGAGAGGCCGAUGCAUGCUCUGGCCGACAUAUUUCAGCGAUUUGCGAAACAGGCCGAAUUGUUUGGGACAAACUGACAAAGCAGCGCAGUAAACAUCAUCCCCUCAUCGAUGCUCAGAUUGGGGUGGAAACAAUAACUCAAGAUGAUGUUGAGAGGUCAAAGCAGGAAGAGAAGUAGGAGAUUCAGCUGUGUUGAUCCUAUGAAUCAGGAGGCAAGACAAGCUGUUGCUGUUGGUAACGUGAAGCGUGUCAAAGAGCUUUUAUCUAUAGGACUAUCCCCCAAUGAAGCUGACUGCAAUGGUUGGACAUUGCUUCAUCUUGCAUCAUCAAGAGGAAGGGAAAGAGUGCUAAGAGAACUCUUAGAACAUCAAGGCUCGCCUUGUGCUAGAGACGGGAUAGGAGGAUUCACUUGUUUGCACUAUGCUGCCAUGCACGGAAGAACACGUCUAGCUCAGCUUCUCCUGGAAUACGACAAAGACAAUAAAUAUGACCUGGUGAACUCUCCAAGUUCUGAUGGUUGGACACCUCUCCAUGUAGCAGCUCACUACGGCAGGGAGUCCUUUGUCAGGAUGCUCCUACAACAAGGAGCCAGAGUGGAUGCUUUUAGCACUAAAGGUACAAGUCCCUUACAGCUUGCAAUCAUCAGGGAAAAGGUUCCUUGUGUCAAGUUACUCCUAGACUAUGGUUCUGACAUUGAUAUCCAGACGGGGUUCCCACUGAGGUAUACCAUCUUGAAAGGAAAUAUGUUUUUAGCGAGACUACUUCUGUUGAACGGUGCUGAUCCUAACCUUGGUAGAUCAGAAGAUGGCCAGACACCCUUACACCUGUCAGCAAUGAAGGACGAUGUAGUUUGUUGUUCGUUGCUUUGUACCUUUGGUGCUGAUAGCCAUGCAGUUAAUGAUGAUGACAAGACUCCUCUUGAGAUGUACAAAUCUUUAAAUGAAGGAGGAACAGGUCUUAGUCUGUCAGUACUUACUACAUCAUCAAAAGCCCCGAGAAACCUUCAGGAUCAUUGUCGUCUUGUUAUCCGCCGCAGACUUGGCCAGAAAAGACUUCAUCAUAUCAAUGUCUUACCCAUUGCAAACAUUGUCAAAGACUAUGUCAGAUACAAAGACCAUUUCUGAUAGAAGCAGAGGUAAAAGUCUUUAAUGAUCAGUAGGGAAUCUAAUCCACCUGCUACAUACACUGUAGUAUGUGUUUAUGGAGCAUACAAUGUAGUGAUAUGAAGCAAGCCACUUCAAUGUCUCCAGCUCUGUUAUGAUGCCCACAGCAAGGAACCCUUUAUAGCAGUACAGCCAAACAAGUUUGUUCUAAGGAAGUACUUGGUUGUGCAUGAGUGAGCAUGUUCUGAGAAUUAUUUUUCCGGACCACGUGUGCUCUUCAUGAAGAGCUAAUUAUCAGGGAGACUGACUCAUUUACUCAUCUGAUGUGCAGGGGCUUAUAUCAACAGUCGGUGAAAACUUUUUUUUUUCAAGAAAUGCCUUGAACUGAGAACACAUUGAAUAAUUGGGCCUCUGGAAUAUUACAUAAUUUUCUACAUCAAGUUUACAUGUAGAUACAGAUUUCUGAAAAAAAAUAAUACAUAUUUUAUUCUGGCUUGAUUGUUACUAUUAGCAGUGACUUGUUUGAAAUACCUAACAUCUUUAUUCAUUGAAAAAAAACAUCUGCACUUCUAUACAUGUAUGUUCAUGAAUUAGGAAAAAAAAAGACCUGUGUGAUGGUUUGAACUCUCAACAGUCAAAUAUCCAGACUCUAAUCCAGCAUGUCACAAGCAGUUGACACUACAUAGAGUGCUUUUAAUUUCACAUACCCCUUUCAUUGGUGAUCUUGUUUAUCAAUCAACAUUUUCAAACCUCCAGAUUGAAUAAUGCUUGCCACAAUUGUGAAUGGUUUGUAUUCAAUCUAGUGUGAUAUCAAUCUCUACUCUACAAUUUUCUUGUUGUUUAUCCCCCUCAAGAUAUCUUUCUUGCAUCAUAGUAAUUUGAACAUUUUCCAUUGAUGGCACACGGAUAUGACAGGAAUGAGUUGAUUUCUGUACCUUUACUGAAAUCAUUUACAUACAUGUAGAUUUAUUGAUACUGUAGAAAUCAGGCAGUUAAAAUGGAAAAUCAUCCUGACAAUAUUUUGGUUUUGAAAGUAGCUGAAUAAUUAGGGUUUGACCAGUUGGUCAAGUAAUUUUCACUAAUUCCCAUUUAUUGCAUGAUUAGUCUGUGUUUUCAGGUGAGUUCAGGCUCUGUUUAUGGAAAUAAAAGCACCAAGUGCCUUAGCAAAAGGCUAAUGCAGAUCCAGGUACAAAUAUUCACUGCUGAAUGAAACGUGCUGUAUCAGCUAAAACGACAACAACAACAACAAUUGAUUGUAACCUUUUUACUUACAGCUACAUGUAUGCUUCACUGUACAAUGUGUUGAAGCUUUAUGUUACAGGUUAUUUCAGGCGUACAGAUAUACAAAGGAUUUUUUUAAUUGGGGGGGGGGGGGAUGGGUUAAGGCUGAAUUUAGACUCCUGCACACUUUAUAUUUUGGGGUCAUUUUUCAAUUUUCCUGUGUCUAAAUGGAAAGUACUCCCUGGGUCCCGUGUUUAAUGUGUGUAUGGCCUUUAUAUAAAAGCAGCAACAAAUUACUUGUGGAGGUGAUUUGACUCUCUGUGGAUACAAGUCUCCAGACUUUGAACCACAAGAUCCAAGGUUCAUAUCCUACUGCGGCACUUUGGCAAUAUAUUUGCUACUCUCCACCCAUGUGUAAAGUGGCUUCCUGGCAGGGGUGGCAAUUUGUAUAUUUUGGAAAAAAAAAGUGAUUUUUUUUCCAUUUGAUUUAACUCAGAUUUUUUAAAAAUAUUUUUAAUUCUUAAAACAAUGUGCAAACACCAAAAAUAUAAUACUUUACCCUGACAUAAACUUUAAAAUCAUACAUUUCACUACUAAAGUCAUUCUUAGCUUUUUAUUUCAUGGGUCCAUGUUACAUAUUUUUCCCCAAAUUAACUGUUGCCAGUUUCAGUUGUAUA